UUGUAGCAAAAUGGCGACUGUCAUUCACAACCCCCUGAAAGCGCUUGGGGACCAGUUCUACAAGGAAGCCAUCGAGCACUGCCGGAGCUACAACUCACGACUGUGUGCAGAGCGGAGCGUGCGCCUCCCCUUCCUGGACUCGCAGACUGGGGUGGCCCAGAACAAUUGCUACAUCUGGAUGGAGAAGAGGCACCGAGGCCCAGGCCUGGCUCCGGGCCAGCUGUACACGUACCCUGCCCGCUGCUGGCGCAAGAAGCGACGAUUGCACCCGCCAGAAGACCCAAAGCUGCGACUCCUGGAAAUAAAGCCUGAAGUAGAGCUGCCCCUGAAGAAAGAUGGCUUCACCUCUGAGAGUACCACACUGGAGGCCUUGCUUCGUGGCGAGGGAGUGGAGAAGAAGGUGGAUGCCAGAGAAGAGGAGAGCAUCCAGGAAAUACAGAGGGUUUUGGAAAAUGACGAAAAUGUAGAAGAAGGGAAUGAAGAGGAGGAUUUGGAAGAGGACAUUCCCAAGCGGAAGAACAGGACCAGAGGACGGGCUCGUGGCUCUGCAGGCGGCAGGAGGAGGCAUGAUGCUGCUUCUCAGGAAGACCAUGACAAACCCUACGUGUGUGACAUCUGUGGCAAGCGCUACAAGAACCGGCCGGGACUCAGCUACCACUAUGCUCACACUCACCUGGCCAGCGAGGAGGGCGAUGAAGCCCAAGACCAGGACACGCGGUCCCCACCCAACCACAGAAACGAGAACCACAGACCCCAGAAAGGACCAGAUGGGACAGUCAUUCCCAACAACUACUGUGACUUCUGCUUGGGGGGCUCAAACAUGAACAAGAAGAGUGGGCGGCCAGAGGAGCUUGUGUCCUGUGCAGACUGUGGACGCUCUGGUCACCCAACUUGCCUGCAGUUCACUCUGAACAUGACCGAGGCGGUCAAGACCUACAAGUGGCAGUGCAUAGAAUGCAAAUCCUGCAUCCUGUGUGGGACUUCGGAGAACGAUGACCAGCUGCUCUUCUGCGACGACUGUGACCGUGGCUAUCACAUGUACUGUUUAAAUCCCCCCGUGGCUGAGCCCCCAGAAGGAAGCUGGAGCUGCCAUUUAUGCUGGGAGCUGCUCAAAGAGAAAGCCUCAGCCUUUGGCUGCCAGGCCUAGGGCCUCAGGUCACAGAAUGUGACGUGCCGCCAGAGAGGCUGACCUGGAGCCCUGUUCUAUCCUGAUGGAGCUCUCUUCCUGCACAUCCACACCGAACAACUGUAAGGAAAACAAGUAGUUACGGAAGGACAUGGAUGCGGAACCAGGAGGGCAAGGUCUCGACUUGCCUACCGCCCUGCCUACGACCGCCCUCCAGCCCCACACGGGGUAUUCAGCCAGCCCUUCCUCAUUUCUACCAGAGGGAGCUUGCACUUCUGAAGAACAGUUCAGCCCCAGCCUUGUGGAACCUUCCUCACGUUCGCCCUCACAGUGUAUCCCUCUCAUGGCUUCCCAUUUUAGAGGAAGCCGUUUUGUGACUGCUCACAAGCACUGUGUUUUGAUGGUGUUCUUUCUUUUUUAAGUCUCUUGUGUUGAAAGAUCCCUUCACACAGCCUCUUCACCUUCAGCUUUGGCUCAUCAUCCCAAACUCUCACAGAGGAACAAAACGCUGCGGAAAAGUUGUUACUUAUUACAUGCUUCACCGGAAAUGUCUGCGUUUGGAGGCCAUCUUGAAGACGGAACUUGGAAACCUCUCGGUAAAGAAGUAGUUUUUCAAACCUCAGCAGUGGCCUCCACAGCUGGGAUGGUCUUGAUCCACUGCACCACCGCUUGAUGAGGGGUCGAGAGGGCCCAAGAGAUGGGAGGAAAAACCGGGACCCAAGCAUAACCAGUUCGUAUUUGCUGUUCAACAAGAGAAGCUUUGCAGCAGACCCAGGGGUUCCUUGACCUUCACAACUGUGGUGUCCUUGAGAUGAGGCAAACCACAGCCUACAAAAACAGGAAAGUGCUGAAGAUUCCCAGUGCCUCCCGACUGAGUUGAGUGUCAAGGCCUGGUUCAGUUUCCGCUGGUGGGAGUAGAGCAUCAGCGAAGCGGGCAAAGGCUGCCUGUUCAAUGGUCCAAUGUUGGAUAAGAGAGAGUGUAGCUUUGAGAAACCCUUCAGUGUUAAUGCUACUCUGUGAAUUCCUUUCCCGGGCAAUUUCCUCCUUCCAUGUAGUAUAUGUUUGCCAGUGACUACUGAGAUGUGACUGAGAAUCUUAGAAUGGCGGAGAGAUGAUCAUUGCUUAACUAGAUCAUUGAGCAUGGUGAUGGCUUGUGACCUGGUGGCGGUGAUUCAGAACCCUCGUCUGCUCUUGUAGCGGAAGCUCCCCCGUGUGAGCCGGACUCCUGUUUAAAAUAAGAAAGUUUCUAGAGAAAGAGGUGGCGAGGCCUCGAUUCUGAGAACUCUGUGUGCCAGGAGACAGCCUUGUGGGCUGCAGUGGGGUGGGCUGUCUUCGGAUCACAGCAACAGCUUGGUAACUGGCGCAUUUCUGGAAAAAUCAUUUGCCCAAAGGGCAGGUCUCAGUGAGCAGGACCCUCGCGCAUGCUCGGCUUCCCUGAAAUCAGUUCCAUCGCUGUGGUCCAGCAGCUUUGUAACAAAGGCCUGGGUUAUUUUUAGUCUUCGGCUCCUGAAGAAGCCCCUGGAGACCUGGGCUAGUUGGGCCACUCUGCCCAGAUGCGGCAUUGCCUCUGCCACUCCACAGGACUCGUCCUCCCCCUGGCUAAUUGCUCUUGGCACAUGGACCCGGGGCAGCCUGGCAUGGAUCCAAACAGUGUGCUCCCCUGCCCCCAACUCCUUUGCAGAGUGACCUGUGGCAAGAGAGUGGGGGUCUCCUGCAGGCCCUGUGGCCUCUGAGCUGGUUACAUGCAUACAUAAUGAUCUCACUUAAAGGGCCCUUGUGCAGGCUGCAUUUCUGCCUUCUUCACAGGCUCUCUUCUUCCUCCUGCUGGUUGCUGAGCCUGCGUGGAUUCUAAAGGCCCAGGGAAGGGUUGGAGGGGGGGCCAUCUCCACAGAGUACCACAUCCCCUUUUCGGACUCUGCAGGCUCGCUCUCUCUUCCCACAAAACCUAAAGCAGGGUAUCCUCAAAGGCUAAUUACUUGGUUGAGGAUUCAUUUUAAAUUAAUUUUAGGGGAAAAAAAGGUCCAAAUGUUCUGGAAUGCCACACUGGCUCAAAGGUGGAAAAAAACCAAGUCUAAAACCCCAAACUGUGGUUCUGAGACUUGACAGGUCCCCUUCUGGAGUGCACAUGAGUCUGUUCCCUACAGAAAGGCAGAUGGGGGAGGCUUUCCGUUCUAUAUCCAGUCAUGCUUGCUCUGCCCAUGCAAGCUAAGGGGAAACAGGCCUCCCUAGCCAAGCCAAGGCAUCAGUGGGAGCUGGGGGAGCCUGCCCAUGGUGCUGGGCUGGCUGAGCUCUGGGUUGCAUAAGAAAGGCUCCUGGGGUCCUGCAGAAUGGGCUCAGCCAUUCUGCUUUGGAGGUUUGGGUUUGGUUCCCCACGGAGGAAGAGAGCCUGUGAAGAAGGCAGAAAUGUAGCCUGCACAACUUGUGAGGUGCCCUGUCAGGGUGCGACAGACCAGGCCUCCAGAGCAACCUCCUGUGUCAGAAGAAGAAGGCACUACUAAAGAAAAACUGAGACCCGCUUUCUCCAAGUGCGGGAGUGAGCGGUGGUCACUGGUUCAUGGUUCUAAUGUCCUUUUACCCUAGCAGUGUGUGGUCUUGGACAAAUCACUUAGCAUCCUCAAAUCUCGAUUUGCCCAUCUGUAAAAUGGAAUUGCUGACACUUGCCUUUUCUUUUCCACAGUGACACUGGGGAGGGCCCCCCAAAGUAUAGUGUUGUAAAAACAACCAUCCCCAGGGCCCAGCUUGCCUUGU